GGGAAUAGCUGUCCAAUUGCUGUGCGACAGGGGCGUUACCGUUGCUAUUUAUUGUACUGUUGACUAGCAGGCUACACUCGUCUGACGCAGAUCUCGGCUCUUCGCUUGUUACACAACACGUCUUCAAGACUAAAGCUGCAACAUGUCGAGAGAGAGUGUCCCACGUGAGCCGGAGCAGCUCCGCAAGCUGUUCAUCGGAGGCUUGAGCUUCGAGACGACAGACGAAAGCCUGCGUGCUCAUUUUGAGCAAUGGGGGACCCUUACAGACUGCGUGGUCAUGAGGGACCCCAACAGCAAGCGAUCCAGGGGUUUUGGCUUUGUAACAUAUUCAUCAGUGCAGGAAGUUGAUGCUGCCAUGUCAGCCCGUCCCCAUAAGGUCGAUGGAAGAGUGGUAGAGCCGAAACGAGCGGUUUCCAGGGAGGACUCAAACCGGCCAGGAGCCCACAUAACUGUGAAAAAGAUCUUUGUUGGAGGCAUCAAAGAAGAUACAGAGGAGUCACACCUGAGGGAUUAUUUCCAGCAGUUUGGCAAAAUAGAAGUCAUUGAUAUCAUGACUGACCGCAACACUGGGAAGAAGAGGGGCUUUGCCUUUGUUACGUUUGAUGACCACGAUUCAGUUGAUAGGAUUGUCAUCCAGAAAUACCACACUAUCAACUCUCACAACUGUGAGGUGAGGAAGGCCCUCACAAAGCAGGAAAUGCAGAGUGCGGGAAUGGGUAUGGGAAUGAGAGGAGGUCGCAACACUGGUGGCAGGCCCUACGAUUACGACAGGGGCUUCAAUCAAGGUGGCAGAGGGCGAUAUGGAGAUGGUCCUUACAAUUGCAACGGAAGUGAUGGUGGCUAUGGAGGCGGACCUGGUGGUCCUGGUGGCUAUAAUGGAGGUAACCGUGGUUACAACCAGGGCUACAACCAGGGUGGUGGAUAUGGAGGAAAUGGUUAUGACAGCAAUGGUUAUGGCAAUUGUGGUGGUGGUGGAGGCGGCGGUGGCGGCAAUAACUACAACAACAUGGGCCACUACGACCCCCAGGCCUCUAACUUUGGCCCCAUGAAGGGCAACUUUGGUGGCGGCGGCGGCGGCAGGAACUUUGGUGGAUACGGAGGCUCAAACAACAGUGGCUAUGGACGUCCAGGACGAUUUUAAAAUGAGAAAGUGGACUGAGUACUUAGGAGAGGAGAGCAAGGAGAGGAGAGCAAGCGAAGUGACAGGGCAACUGCAGGUUUACCUCCUAAAUCUGCUCAGCCUAUGAGUUGUGGCAGGUUACAGCUGCUGCAAGAAGAGAUGUACAGUAGAUAAAUCAUGGAGGGCCUUCAUUUAAACAUUUUGUGUUAUGUUUUUCUCUUUUUUUUCGUCAAUUGUGUUAAUGGAAAGCAAGCAUUCCAAUGAGGUUUUGUGUAGAUCUUUAAGUCUGGUUUUUAUUUGUAACUGCAUCAAAUCAAGCUGAAAUAAACACCUUUCAGUUUUUUUAA